AUGAUUAACGGGUUGGGAGAUAUAUUUGUUUUGAUUCAAAUCACAGCUGUAGUGGCCAAGAAACUCAACGCCGCCAGGCAUGCACCCGCCGAGGUUAGAGACCUAAUCGAAGACGCCGAAGCCUUUCGAUCUUGCGUGGUGGACGCAGACGACAACAUCCGCCGGCAUGGAGCCAUAUUGAAACCGCACGAUGGAUUGAAAAAGAACAUUGUUUGGAUCCUCCGGCGGUGCGACGAAACGGCGCACAAGCUACACAAGAUCGCUGUCGCGUAUGAAGGGAUCGUGAAAGAGGAAGGUGUAGCAACCGCGGACGAGACCUCGCGGAAACAGUGGGCAAGAGCUUUGAAGACGGUCUACCAGUCAGUGAGGUGGACCACAAUCAAAGACGCCGUUAAAGACAUCCGAAAGGAGCUUCUCCAUCACAUACAGAUCUUGCAUUUCAUGAGUCAACAAUUAUUGAACCGGCAAGUGGAUCGCUUGGUUGAAAUGAUGGGGUCUAUGGGCAUUACAAUCGAGCAAAUCGGCCGACUCUUCUCAUCCACGAUGUUCAGUCCCUCUAUUCCACCGGUGUACGCUUCAAAUCCUCAGUCUCCGGCAAGUUUGACACCCAUUUCGAGCCCAUUUGUCCUGUCACCGAAUGAAAAGUUCGAAUCCUCAUUCGGGGGACUGAGUAAAGCGAGCCCCGCUGUGCUAAAUGGCGCCCAGCAACAUCCAGUUCCACAGAUGGAGGAGUUGGUGCUUCCUGACCCCUCUAUCGACAUAUAUGAUUUCAAAUUUGCACAUAAGCUGGAUCUUGACCUGCCAGGGAGCUUUCCCAGGUCUACGCCAGGUGAUGAAUAUCGCAACGUGAAACUCGCCUCGAACAAGGAGCAAGACGAGUUCAUCAAGGCGUUGACUGAUGGGAUAGAAUAUGUUGAAUAUCCCAUUGAAGGUGUGGAGUUUGUCUAUCAGAGAACACCCAGCUCCAACGCGGUCGUCAUCACGGCAAGCGAUGCAGGGAAGGUCUUGCUUUUGAAGAACGGGAAUGCUGUGGGUGAUGUAUGGACUCUCAACAAUGAAAAGACGAUUCGUUUUCUUCAGAGAGUGCCUCUGUGGGAUGAAAUAAUCCCGUACUCCAGUAUUGGGGAGGAGUCAAAGGCAGUAAUCGAGCAAGGCGCUGGGCUCCUUUUCGUCACAUUCGAGAGAUGCAAACAGGUCACGCAUUCAAUUCCGACAACCUGGGUGACCUACAAGUUUAGAAAUGCUGAAGACUGCCGACAGUUCCAAGAGCAUUUAUACGGUUGGGAUCUUCUCCUCACCGUACCAAUUCGCGAGAUAUAUAAGCGCAAUAGGAUCAAGGACGAUGACCACCUCGUCGGGUGUCAGAACAUACGGAUUUGGAGGAGUAGGACAAAUGCGGAGAUUCGAUUUAUGGUUCGACUAUCCAAGAAGAAAGGUCGCAAACGAUACCUGGAGUUCGAUUUGAUGCAAGAAACCGUCAAGGUCGAAGCCAAGGAUAAUGGAAGGCACGCGAGGCUGGCAUUCUCCGGGAUCACCGUGGCGGUGGAUGAAGGAACACUCGAAAGGCGAGACUCGAUGAGUUCUGCGUCGUCUGUCUCAUCAGCGUCUUCGAGAUCUUUCAUUAUGCGCAGACUCUCUUGGGGAGAUAGCGCUGAGUUUGUGCAAAACAUUGUGGUUUGUUUUGAUGAUCAAAAGCAUCGUGACCGCUUGCAUAGACUAGUUUUGAAUUGCCAGGCUCAUGCUGGCAUCUAG